CAUUUACACCUCAUCUUAUAUUUACCAACUUUGUUUCUUGAUUUUUACGAGAAACAAUCGAGGGAAACCUAAACAGGACACUUCUUAGGUGCGUGUAACAGCAGAGAAAAGGUAGAGACAGCUUCUUUCUUUCUUCUUCCUUCUCUAAUUAGUCAAAUAUGAGCUCUUGUUUGGAAGUUGAGCAUAGUCCAAUCUUUGUUAACGGUCCGAUCAUCGUUGGUGCCGGACCGUCCGGUUUAUCCGUAGCGGCUUGUUUAUCAAAUCAAGGCGUGCCAUCGGUUAUACUAGAGAGAACCAAUUGCUUAGCUUCUUUGUGGCAAAAACGUACCUACGACCGUCUUAAGCUCCAUCUCCCUAAACACUAUUGCGAACUUCCUCUUAUGAAAUUCCCUAAAAAAUUCCCAAGAUACCCCUCUAAGCAACAAUUCAUCUCUUACAUUGAGUCUUACGCCGCCCGGUUUAAUAUCAAACCGGUAUUUAACCAAACCGUAGAGAAAGCCGAGUUCGAUGUCGUCUCUGGUAUAUGGAAGGUGAAGACGCAAGAUAGUGUGUACACAUCCAAGUGGCUCGUGGUGGCAACAGGGGAGAACGCUGAACCGGUGGUACCAGAUAUCCCGGGGUUGAAGAAUUUUACUGGACCGGUUAUUCACACUAGUGCAUACAAGUCUGGUUCGGAGUUUUCAAACCGGAUGGUUUUGGUGGUUGGUUGUGGAAAUUCCGGUAUGGAGGUGUGCUUGGAUCUUUGUAGAUACAAUGCUCUGCCUCACAUGGUUGUUAGAAACCCUCUACAUGUAUUACCAAGAGACCUUUUUGGUCUAUCGAGUUUUGGAAUAGCAAUGACACUACUGAAAUGGUUGCCACUAAAGCUGGUGGACAAUUUGCUACUGCUUCUUGCUAAUUCUUCGCUGGGAAAUACCGACCGGUUUGGCCUCCAACGACCUAAAACCGGACCAAUUGAGCUCAAGAAUGCCACCGGAAAAACUCCGGUUCUUGAUGUAGGCGCCAUAUCUUUCAUACAGUCCGGUCAAAUUAGAGUGACACAAGCGGUGAAAGAAAUAACGAAGAAGGGAGCAAAGUUUGUUGACGGGCAAGAAAUGGAAUUCGAGUCGAUAAUAUUAGCGACCGGGUAUAAAAGUAAUGUACCCGAUUGGCUCGAGGAAGAUAGUUUUUUCACAAAAGAAGGAAUGCCAAAAACACCGUUUCCUAACGGAUGGAAAGGAUAUAAUGGACUUUACACGGUGGGUUUCACGAGAAGAGGGCUCUUGGGAACGGCCUUUGACGCUGUUAAGAUAGCGGAGGAUAUAACCGGCCAGUGGAUGAAAUCUAAUGGUCCGUUGUGUGGUAACAUUUGUAGUUCUUGUAUCAUCCACUUACAUUUCAAUAAAUCAUAAUAAAUGGUUACCUUUUGUAUUGUUGUUGUUCUCACUUUUUACUCAUUUUUUCCUUUCAUGAUCUCGGAUGAGGUUUUGUAUAUUUUUAAGAAUAUGUAGUAGUUACCAUGUAUCGUAAAUUGCUCUUAAAAAUCUCUUUUAAUUAUGGGUAAAUUUAUGUGAAAUAGAUUCUGAAU